CGUAGCCGCACUGGCUUCAGUUUUGGAUUUUUAAUUGACAUGUGCGAAGUUCACCGAUUAAUGCUACUUGGUUUUGUGUGUGAUUCUGUCGGUGGUGUGGAAUUGCACAAGGUCGGUGAGUGACACUGCUGCUGCUGUUGUUGUCACGAUAAGAAGUGUUUUCUCUCUACGUGCUACCACACAGGCAAGUUGGAAGAGUUCUUCUCAUGGCCGGCGGUCAGAUUGGUACUCAUCUCAAGCAGAGGAACUUCAUCAAGUCUGUUCUCUCACAUGGCCCGCUGGCUGGCUCUUGAGAUGCCCUUUCGCAACGGCGCUUUGCCGCAGACACGACACGUGACAAACCCUUAUCUAUCCCAGUUUCUGCUUACCCACACAUCAUCAAGACUGGUGUGGGAUGCAAAGGAGUCCUCUUGGGCUUCGACAUUCUGGUCGCCGACUUCGCGUCUUGAUCGAAUACUAAAGCAACCACCGACCGGUCGUGGGCAAACCCUCAUUCCGGAUGCCGGCUUUGUGCAGAACCCGUUGACUGAGCGGUCGUGGGUCGGCAGAGGCAGAGGGGAGUGCUGCGUGAAUCCGGAUCCGGACCGGGGUGAACAACGAUUCCGAAUCUCGAGCGAAUGCGACCGAAGUUGGCGGGAACGUAUUAUUAGCGGUCGUUGGAGCUUGAGGAGUUCUGAUUACCCCGAGACGCUGUCGAGAUUCGUAAUACCAAGAUCCAGGCACGAGGGAGGUGGGCGGGAUUGCCGUUGCUUUUCAGUAGAUCCGGAAGGAAGGAGUCACACAUGCGUUGGGGGGGGGAAAAGACCUCUUCUGUCUAUUCUCCCUUGCUUACCUGCAGCACGAUCUACACACUUCCGCAGCCAUAGCUUGAGCUGGGAGUCGGGCUUUGAGCACAGAAUUAGGGUGUCAAACGCCACAACUGCUGCUCAAUCAGCAGAGCUGAGCAAGGCAAUGGCUCCAAUGGACUCACCCACUCUCUUGGAGGAGAAGAAGCGCUGCAGAACCGUUGUUCGCAAAGAGUUGCGUCAGCUUCCAGUUCAGCAGCGAAUGGAGGAAGAUGUGGCGGUGAUUGGCAAUCUGAUUGAUUCUGAGCUGUUGCAGAACAGCCGUGUGAUUGGCGCAUAUCUGAGCUGUGCGGCGCUGAGGGAGGUGGACACUUUGAAGCUGGUCACCUACAUUCUGCAGCAGCAGAAGGCACUCUAUGUCCCGCGCGUUGAUGACAAGAAGAGUCAUAUGCGAAUGCUGCGGAUCACCGACAUGGAGGGCGACGUAGAGAGGAACGCGAUGGACAUCUUGGAGCCGAAGGAGGUGAACACGGAUGGCAGCCCGAGGGAUGAGUUGAUGCAGGCAGAUCAGCCGUUGGAUCUGCUGCUUGUGCCCGGACUUGCGUUCGAUCGACACGGAGGGCGAUUGGGAAGAGGCGGCGGAUACUAUGAUUGGUUCAUUAGCACGUACAGGACAUACGUCGAAUCGAAGGGCUGGAAGAUGCCGCCAAUGGUGGCUCUAUCUUACUCGGUCCAGCUCAGAAGCACACCCAUCCCCAUGGGAGAGGCAGACCGCCACGUGGAUGGAAUUGCCAUGAAAGACGGCAUUUUCCACGUACCUAACCGCGCUCUCGAUGCAAACACCACCACCAACACGAGCAAAACUAUCAAGGCGGAUGAACCAACCAUCACACGUACAUAAAUCCCCAUCCCCUCCCCCAUCCCCAUCCCAAUCCCAAUCCCAAUCCCAAUCCCAAUCCCAAUCCCCAUCCCCAUCCCCAUCCCCAUCCCAAUCCCAAUGCCAAUCCCAAUCCGUCCAUGCAUGCAUUUAUCCGUCUGUUCAUCCACCAGUAUAUUGAUGAAAACACUUAAUUAGUGGAUUCAAUCAAGGCAAUCAAUUGGUGACAAGACUUAAUUAGUGGAUUCGAUCAAGGCAAUCAAUUGGUGACAAAACUUAAUUUGUGGAUUCGAUCAGGGCAAUCAAUUACUGAAAGCAUGGUAUGAUAUCAGUGGAUACGAUGAGAAGACAUCAAAAGCUAAUGAACACAAAAAAAAUUAUGAAAAGCAACCAAUCACAGUAUAAUCAAUCAAUCAAUCAAUCAAUCAAUCAAUUAAUCAAUCAAUCAGUCAAUCAAUCAAUCAAUCAAUCAAUCAAUCAAUCGAUAGAGCAAUCAAUCAAUCAACCACAACAAAGACAGCAAUCAAUCAAAUUGAAUUGAUGAAAUCCAGAAAGAAUUUUUUUGAGUAAAGCGCAUCUAUCCACGUGGCCGCCAACCAAUUAAAAAGCAAUCUCCCUCCGGGUCACGGAUUGAUAUUGUCAGCUUUAGAGGUCAUCCCCCUUUGUCUUCGCUCAUGCUGCUUGUGAGAGCGAGAGACAGGUCGUAGGCAGCGUUGACUUGACGGGCAGGCGUUGACUUGACGGGGGUACGUGUGCAGAACAGAGUCGGGAGGAGACAAUUGACAGUUGGACAUUUUUCAGAUGAAAAUUUGAAAUGAAAACUGCAAAUGAAAAUAUUUCAAAUGAAAUUAUUCCGAACGAAAGUCCAAAUGAGAAGUUUCAAAUGAGAAGUUCGGAAUGGAAGUUCCAAUGAAUACCCAGACAUAAG